AUGUUUUACGUUACGUUACAUCCACGUAAGUUCAGUAACCAGCCACCUAGAGAAGUCUCAUCAACCGCCGGUGAGGAUUGGGCGGGAACAUCAGGAGGAGGCAGCCAAGUUAUUGGUGGCAUUGGCGGAAACUCAUCCUCGGGGGGUGGAAGAGAGAACACCGGCGGCGUUUCGUCUUGGAAUGCUGGUGGCGGUAGCCAAAACGGCGGGGGCUGUGUCAUCGAGUCGCCACCUGGUAGCGGCGGAGGAGGAGACGGCACCAAAGGUGGUGGAAACACUAUAACGGGCGGUGGCGGUGAAGGGAAGAAGAAAAAUGGUGGCGGAGAGGGAGGAGGGGGCGAGGGAACAAGCGGUGAAGGUGGCGGUGGAGGCGGCGAUGGAACUAAAGGUGGUGGAGACGGCACAAAAGGCGGUAGGCGUGGGGGCGGUCUUGGACGCAUUGGUGGGGGUGGAGACGGAACCAAAGGUGGUGGUAGACGUGGAGACGGCCUUGGACGCGGCCUCGGACGUGGCGGUGGACGCAGUGAUUGGAAAGGGAGAAAGGGGUUGUCCGGUGAAGGCGUUGUAGGAAAAGGCCAGUGGCCACAUGUUCCAAAUAAGUACUGAUACAGAGGAUCGCAGCUUCUGCGUCCACGGUUCUGACCGCUACCGCUGCGUCUUCCUCUGUUUGACUGUUUUUGCUCCUUUACGGUUGCAGCUUCAGCGUUCUCUUUGUGAUCUUGUAUGGACUCUGUUGUGUGGGUGACUAAAAGGAGUAGAGACAACAAAAAUCCAACCACAAGUAGUUGUUUUGCUUUCAUCAUCCCCUCCCCUUGUUUGUUUAUCUUUUAGCUACUUCUC